AUGGAGCGCUCCCCAAGCCCCUCCUCCAUUGCUGGCUUGACUGCCUUGGUACUGGUAUUCUUCACGUCUGUUCCGGCCUUUUCGAAACUCUUCAAGAGCGCGACAUCAGAAGCGAGGGAUAAUGCACCUAAUGAGACCUCCAACUUAUACGAAGACGAAGAUGGCAUUGCCACCGAGGAGACACAGAAAGGAUAUACUGCAGUCUUGCCUAAACGUCCUAUUGUCGAGGAAGGGGGCAUGUUCGUCGACGGCCAGUACACCGUGUCGGCGCUCGGUCGGUAUACAUUCACCUGGGCAGGGCUUACGCUCAUUUUAGCAAGGAAGAAGAAAACUCUUGGCUUAGAUGACUUACCGAAUUUGCACGUGGAAGGGCGCUCCGCCUACCGUCAAGAAUACUUCAGUACAUUGAAACCAAAGGAUCAGCUGUGGAAGACUUUGGUCUUCGCUCAUCUUCCAGAACUUCUCUUCCAGGCUCUCUUUACAACAUUGCAGUCCGUUGCACAGUUCGUACCUCAGCUCGUUCUGUAUCAAUUGUUAAAGCGCCUCGAAUCGCGUACUAAAGGCGCCUCAGCAGGCGGGUCGACUUGGGGAUUGGUGAUUGCCCUUGGACUGGCCAUUAUACUCUCAGCCUGGACUCAGGCUUGGCUACAUUGGAUAGUUUUGGCUAGACUAGGACAGCCACUCCGGACGGAAUUAUCGGCUAUGAUCUUUAGCAAAGCCACCCGUCGUAAGGAUGUGAAAGGCGUGCUGCAACCCAAGCAGGCUACCGAUGUUGAUGCCGUGAAUGGAACCAGUAUUCCCACUGCUUUUUCAGGAAUCAACGACCAAAAGACCGCGGAAACACAUCCGAUGUCGGGUUCGACCCCGGGUCAAGCCGAAACUGCGACGGCGGAAGACGCAUCAGAGGAAGAUACCCAGAAGAGCCGUCAGAGCACCAUCAACCUAUUGGGAGUGGACGCAAAGCGUGUCUCGGACUUUGCCAUUUACUAUUAUCUGAUUCUCCAAACAGUCGUCAUGUUGACAGUCAGUAUAGCGUUCUUGAUCAAGCUGAUCGGCUGGAAAAGCUUGCUCGCUGGACUAUCUGUAUUUGCGAUCGCAUUACCACUCAACAUCUACACUUCGAAAAGCUACAGCGAUGCCCAGGGGGACAUCAUGAAGGUCCGAGAUCAGAAGAUGAUCGUCAUUACCGAAGCACUCCAAGGCAUUCGGCAAAUCAAAUUUUCUGCCCAGGAACAGCAGUGGCAAGAGAAGAUCGGCAAGAAGCGUGACGAAGAGCUCGCAACACAGUGGAGGGUGUUUCGCUUGGAUACGGGUCUACUUGCUAUCUGGAUUCUUGGACCGGUAAUGUUAAGUGCUGUCUCUCUCUCCGUAUAUUCAGUACUCAACAGUGGUCUCUCGGCAUCGGUGGCAUUCACCUCUAUCACGGUAAUGGGAUCGAUGGAAGUUUCAUUAGCUGUCUUGCCGGAGGUUAUCGCGGAUUGUCUGGAAGCCUGGGUGUCAGUCAAAAGGAUCAAUGAAUACCUCAAAGCUCCAGAAAGGGACCCCUAUAUUAUUUCAGGCGACGCCAUUGAUUUCAAGGAUGCAUCAGUUGCUUGGCCAUCGGACUCACAGGAAGAGGAUCCUGACCGUUUCAUCCUGAAGAACAUCAGUGUCCGGUUCCCAAACAAGGAGUUGAGCGUCAUCUCUGGCAAGACAGGGUCGGGCAAGAGCCUCUUUCUGGCGUCGAUCCUUGGGGAAGCAGACUUAUUGGCUGGACAAGUCAGAGUUCCUCAAGCACCUUCUUUCGAAGAGCGCUUCGACAACAAGGCUAACAGAAGCGACUGGAUUAUUGACCCAGCCAUCGCAUUUGUAGCUCAGAUUCCUUGGAUUGAAAAUGCCACCAUCAAGGAUAAUAUACUCUUUGGUCUACCUUUUGACUCUGGCCGCUACAAGAAAGUGCUCAAUUGCUGUGCUCUGGAGAGGGACCUGGACCUGCUCCCCGAUGGCGAGCUUACUGACAUUGGCGCCAAUGGCAUAAAUCUCUCAGGAGGGCAGCGUUGGCGCAUUUCGUUUUCGAGAGCUUUGUACUCACGGGCAGGCAUCCUUGUCCUCGAUGACAUUUUCAGCGCUGUGGAUGCUCAUGUCGGGCGGCAGCUCUUUGAGGACGCCCUGACGGGAGAGCUCGGCACUGGAAGGACACGCAUCUUGGUGACCCAUCAUGUGGGCCUUGUCCUGCCCAAGACGGCGUACACGGUGGUUCUUGGUGAAGGUACAGUACAACAUGCCGGCCUUGUAGAAGACCUGAAAGCCACCGGUGUGCUCGAAGAAAUUAUGAAGCAGCAACAAGAGGGUCAUGCAAAAGAUCUCAAGAAGAACGUAGAGGCGCUACAGCAAGCAGAACAUGCAGCCAACGGUAGCCUCAGUAAAGUGUUAUCACACGCCUCAGCCACGACGAACAAGAUUGACGAUGGUGAGCUGGACAUCCAAGGAAAGGCACAGCCGAAGAAGUUCACCGAAGAUGAAAAGCGAGAGACUGGGCGAAUGAGUCUCAAUAUCUACAAGCAGUAUCUCGUAUCCAGUGGCGGUUUCUGGUUUUGGGGUCCCAUCAUGAUCCUUUACGCUGUCUACCAAGGGCUGAUCUUAGGAAGGUCCUGGUUCAUCGGUAUCUGGACAAGAUCGUACAAGACCGAAUCUCAUUCGUUCUUCGUCCAAAUGCUCCCAUAUAACUACUCUCCUGUGAGGGGUAGUGGUUACAAUACCCAGACCUCGAAUGACAAUUUGUCUUUCUACUUGGGUAUCUACAUCGGACUUAGCAUUGUCAUAUGCAUCUUCGGAACCUUGAGGUACUUCUUCGUUUACAUGGGAUCAUUGAGAGCAUCUAAGAAGCUCUUCGAGGACUUGACAUACGCGGUCCUCAGGGCGCCGUUGAGAUGGCUGGAUACCACACCUGUCGGCAGAACACUAAACAGGUUUACCGCCGACUUUGCUGCAAUCGACUCAAGAUUGGGUAACGAUAUAGGUUUCCUUCUCUAUCACAUUCUCGAGUUGGUAGGUAUCAUCAUCGCGGGCUUGUUCGUGUCACCUAUCAUGCUUUUGUUCUCACUCAUACUACUACUCCUGUGUGGAUGGGUCACUGGAUGGUAUCUUUCCGGUGCUCGUGAAGUCAAGCGGCUCGAAAGCAAUGCGAAAAGCCCCAUUUUCGAACAGUUCGGUUCAGCUCUCGCAGGGAUUGGCACCAUUCGGGCCUUCGACAAGACCGAUGUAUACAUUGAGAGAAUGUUUGCUAAAAUCGAUACACAUGCAAGGGCAUAUUGGUUCCUCUGGCUAUGCCAAAGAUGGCUGGCGCUCCGGUCAAAUGCCAUUGGUGCUGCGUUUUCCAUCCUGGUUGCUGCUGUCAUAGCUUUCUACGGCAUCGAAGCUUCGCUCGCUGGCUUUGCUUUGAGUUUUGCACUCCAAUACAGCAGCGCAAUCUUGUGGACAACCCGAUGCUACGCAAAUUGCGAACUCAACUUCAACGCGGUGGAAAGAGUUGCAGAAUAUGCAAAUCUGCCCAUUGAGAACCAAAGUGCGAGCGUCAAAGUCCCGGCUGCUUGGCCUACCGAGGGUCGGCUACAGGUCUCAAACCUCGUUGCAGGCUAUGCGGCAGAUCUGCCACCAGUCUUGAAAGGUCUCUCGUUUUCUGUGGAGAAAAAUCAGCGUGUUGGCGUAGUAGGCCGCACUGGUGCUGGCAAAUCUUCACUCACAUUAGCUCUUUUCCGCUUCUUGGAGGCACGCGAGGGCUCCGUACACAUCGACAGCAUCGAUGUUUCGAAGAUCAGUCUCCACGACCUAAGGAGCCGCAUUGCGAUCAUACCACAAGACCCAGUCCUUUUCUCCGGCACAGUCCGCUCGAAUUUAGACGCGUUUGACCAGCACACAGACUCCGAACUCUACGACGCGCUUCAGCGUGUGCAUCUCAUCCGCACAACAGGCACCACUUCUCAAGGUGAACUCGCCGAAUCAGGCUCGGGCUCAGAUACACCCAUCCCAGCAAUUGCACCAGACACCAACACCAACACCAACACCUUCAGAUCCCUCUCCUCUCGCAUCUCUGAAGGCGGUCUCAACCUCUCCCAAGGCCAGCGUCAACUCCUCUGCCUUGCCCGUGCCAUCGUCUCCCGCCCCAAAAUCAUGGUGCUCGAUGAAGCGACGUCAGCCGUUGACAUGGCAACCGAUGUUCUCAUCCAACGCAGUAUCAGAGAAGAGUUUCAGGAUUCGACGUUGAUCGUAAUUGCGCAUCGAUUGAGCACGAUUGCUGAUUUCGACAAGAUACUGGUGAUGGACGAUGGGGUGGGGGUGGAAUUCGAUGGGCCGGAGGAGCUGUUGGGGAAGGAUGGGGGUGUAUUUAAGGGGAUGGUGGAGCAGAGUGGGGAGAGGCAGCGGUUAUGGGAUAUUAUUGGGGGCUUUGCAGAAGGAGAAGGAAGGGAAGGGGAAUGA